AUGAUUAAGCUUUUCGGGUUUGGAUCAAAUGGAAAUGGGCAAUUGGGUAUUGGAAAUCUUGAAGAUGUUAGUGAGCCAACACCAUGCCAAGGCAUUCCGGAUAGCGAAACAGUUCGAAAAGUAACAGGAGGAGGAAACCACACAGCUCUUAUUACCGAUUCUGGUCAUUUAUACAUGUCUGGAUUCUCUCAAUUCGGGGAAGAACACAUGAAAUUACUUUCAACUCAACCAGAAGAAAAAAAUAAGGAAUGGAUGAUAUACCAACGGCGAUUUGACCACACAAAAUGGCAAGACGUGGCUUGCGGAUGGGCCUUUACGAUUUUGGUUUCUGAAUCAGGUAAACUCUAUGGAUUGGGCACUAGUAAAUGGAACGAGCUUGCAGGGAAAAGUAGCAAGGAACUCGUCGAAAUUGAUCAUGCACAACUUCAAGAUAUCGUGUCUGUUGCAUGUGGAUGGCGUCAUGUAGUCGCGUUAGAUAAAACUGGCCAAGUAUACGGCUGGGGAUGGGGUCGUCAUGGUCAGUUGAGGCCUGCUAUCGUUGCGUCCACAGAUAAGAAAGAUAUCCGAUCUAUACAAAAGAUAGACAUGCCUCAGCCUAUAGUUCAGAUUGCUUGCGGACAUGUGCAUACGCUUUUGAGAGGAAAAGAUGGAACGGUCUAUGGAUUCGGAUCCAAUAAAUACGGACAGCUAGGAGAUGUCACGUCAGAUGGCAUCAUUUUGACACAGUCUGUAUAUAUUGAUGCAGGGUGGCAUCAUAGUGCAUCGCUAGACGAAAAAGGAGAAUUAAGAUUAUGGGGGCGAAAUGAUCAUGGUCAACUUACACAACAGCCAAUGCAAAAUAUUAAAAGAGUAGCUUGUGGAUCCGAACAUACUCUUUCUAUCACUAACGAUAAAAAAGUGGCUGCCUGGGGUUGGAAUGAGCAUGGAAACUGUACCACGGAGAAGGAUUUUGUUGACACGCCUGUCAUAGUGAAGCAAUCAGAUAAAAUUAAUGUGAUUGGUGCUGGAUGUGCGACGUCCUGGUUCGGAUGA